GGGCGCUAUCGUCAGCUACCUCACUGGGCAGUACUCAGGCAGAGAAUUAGCGGCUCGAAUCCGUCUGAAACACAGAAACCACCCCUACGCUUAAAGGAGAGGGAGCUGCAUUCUGGUAUCUUCUGGAAGAUGGCUUCUAAUGACCACUUUAGUGUGGAAUACACUGGGGAUCCCCACCCUGGGGACUUAAUUGAAAUAUUUAGACCAGCAUAUCAACACUGGGCUUUGUACUUGGGAGAUGGCUAUGUUAUAAAUGUCACACCACUAGCAGAGGAGGGGGCCCCAGCUUCAUUCACUAGUGCAAAGUCCGUUUUCAGCAGGAAAGCAAUGGUAAAAAUGCAGCUGCUUAAAGAUGUUGUUGGACAAGAUCCUUUCAAAAUAAAUAAUAAGUAUGACGAUAACCGCAUACCUCUACCAGUGGAUGAAAUCAUUAAGCGAGCUGAGUUUCUAAUUGGACAGGAAGUGUCCUACGAUUUGCUCGGGAAUAACUGUGAACAUUUUGUCACUUUACUUCGUUAUGGUGAGGGUGUAUCUGACCAGGCAAACAGAGCCAUCAGUGCCAUUUCCUUUGUAACAGCUGCUGCUAGUGCCUUCUCGCUGAUUGGAUUAUUCCAAAAUAGAUGUGACUUGUCCUACUGUUAUAUUUCCAAUGUUAAUGAGAAUUUAUCCUUCAACAUUUAACCACUUAUUGGCAAGAAAACGUGCACAAACACAAAGGGAAAUCAGACAGAAAAUGGAAAAAGAGCAACAAAUACUCAUAAAUAAACCAUUUUAAGAUUCAUCUUAAUUUACAGAAUUUCUGCAACAAAACUGAAACUCAUUGGACUAAAAUGUUACUGCAGAGCAAGAGGACCAAUAGAAUCCUGGUAAAAAGGUACACUCAUGCAAAAGAAUUUAAUUCAACAGAUUCAUCAAACUGUUUAUAUUUGAACUAUUGUAAGAAGGGUGCAAAACAAAGUCGAUGAAUGUAGUACAAUUUGAAUACAAACAUCUACUCAGUUUGCAUUACACGCUGUUCAGAUAUAUGAAACCUUAGAAACAAGCUAAUAAGAAUAUUUAACAAAAUAACCUACAGAAUAAUAACAGAACAGUAUUUAUUUGAAGGAGGGAAUCUAUUUGUAUUGGAAUCAGCAUCACAUUGUGAUUUGUGGCCAGAUAUAUAAUGAUCCUAACGAUACCUAGUUAUGGGCUAGUGGUGAGGGUCCCAAUUUCUAAACAUUUAUGGAACUACUUGUUUCUUUUUUAAUAUAACAUUACACUGCCUUACAUAGACAUGCAUCUCACACUUGAUGUCACCCUAUCAAUCUUCAAGCCAUGGCACUCAGGGACUUGUGUUAAUAUUAUUUUGUGAUGGACUGUGCUGGAUCCUAACUGGAUGUGCUGUAUGUGACUAUAUGUACCAUAGCUUGCACCUUGGCCCCGGAGGAACAAUGUUUUGUUCACCUAUAGACACGUGCAUGGUUGAAUAACAAUAAAUGGGACCUUGGAACUUGAUAACUUCCAAGCAACUGUGCAACCUGCAAAAGAGACAACACAAAUUGAAAUAGAGUUUCCAUAUUCCAGGAAUGAAGUUUCAGUUAGAGAUCAAUGAAUCCAGUUCAGGUGUCUCAUUUAUCACACAAUAAAAAUCUUUAUUCGUUGA